ACGUGAUUUAUACCUAAUCGAAAUAGGUGUGAUACUGUCAGCUGACUGAACGUGAAAAUUUACAUCGACUUUAUUUAUUCUUCUUUCUCCAAAAUAUCUUGUAACUUAUUUUUACAAUAAUGACACUUCAUUCAGCUGGAAAGGGUAAACUUCUUGCGGUAAUAGGAGAUGAGGAUACAUGUGUAGGAUUCCUACUUGGAGGUGUUGGAGAAAUUAAUAAACAUCGUCAACCUAACUUUAUGGUUGUUGAUAAAAAUACACCAGAGAGUGAAAUAGAGGAUACAUUUAAGCGUUUUAUUAAAAGAGAUGACAUUGACAUUAUUCUUAUAAAUCAAAAUGUUGCUGAAAUGAUUAGACAUGUUAUUGACAGUCAUACUCAGCCUAUUCCUUCUGUAUUAGAGAUUCCUAGUAAGGAUCAUCCAUAUGAUGCUAGUAAAGAUUCAAUUCUAAGACGUGCUAAGGGCAUGUUCAAUCCAGAAGAUAUACAUUAAACUAUAUGUUGUUUAUAUAAUAAAAGAAAGUAUAACUUAAUUAAAUAUACUAAUUGUACAAUAUGACAAUUCUUUCUUUCUUGAAUAUUAUCAUACUUUUUGUUUUAAUCAUAAGAAUAGAAAAUGUAUAUACAACAUUCCACUGCUUAUGUUGUAUUUAGAAAAAAAAUUAUAAUAGUAUAUUAAAUAUCUAUUAAAUUUAAAAAUUUUGCUCUAUCAUUGUCUUGUUCUAUAGUAAAUAUUAUUUCACAUUAUGUAUUAUAAAUUAAAUAAAAAAAGCAUAUUGUUAUAAAAUUUA